GGUCCCGAUACUGCCAGCGUGCUUGAACUAUGACCCCCGUGCACAGGAUCAGGGCCACGAGGAGCACCGUGUUCCACAGCUGCUGCAGAUGCGAAACAGCGCCCCUCGCGGCCUCGCGCCGUCACAGACGAAAGCGCGACGCAGUACAGAGUGGGAGGAACAACAUCCCGAGACAAGCCAAAGGACGGAGCAUUAUUUUUAGCUUCGAUAGGCAGGAUGAGCGGACGGGUCGGCGACCUCAGCCCGAAGCAAGCUGAAGCCUUGGCGCAGUUUCGAGAGAGACUUCAGGACGUGCUUGCCCUCUUGCCCUCUCAGAAUGACCAAUACCUGCUUCGCUGGCUGAGAGCCAGGAACUUCAAUUUGGCGAAAGCUGAAGCGAUGCUUCGCAAGCAUCUGGAGUUCCGAAAACACGUGAAAGCCGACACGAUAACCACUGACUGGAAGCUGCCGGAGGUGAUCGAGAAGCACCUCUCCGGGGGCAUGUGCGGUUACGACCGAGAGGGCAGCCCCAUUUGGUACGACGUGAUUGGCCCGGUCGACCCCAAGGGGCUCAUGUUGUCCGCCUCCAAGCAGGACUUCGUCAAGUCCAAGGUUCGAGACUGCGAGAUGCUACAGAAGGAGUGCGACCGUCAGUCUGAGAAGUUGGGGAAGAAUGUAGAGUCCAUCACCAUGAUCUAUGACUUGGAGGGACUUGGGAUGAAGCACUUGUAUAAGCCUGCCAUCGAGACUUACGGAGAGGUACUUACCAUGUUUGAGGAAAACUAUCCAGAGGGAUUGAAGAGACUGUUUGUCAUUAAAGCUCCCAAACUCUUCCCCGUGGCCUACAACCUUGUCAAGCACUUCCUGAGCGAGGUCACCCGCCACAAGAUCAACGUCCUGGGAGCCAACUGGCAGGAGGUGCUGCAGAAGUACAUCGAGCCGGAGCAGUUGCCGGCGAUCUACGGCGGUACCCUCACGGAUCCGGACGGCGACCCUCGCUGCAAGACCAGGAUACAGUACGGAGGCGUGGUUCCCAGGUCCUACUACGUGCGGGACACCAUCACGGCGCAGUACGACCAGUGCAUCUCCGUCAGGCCAGGCUCCUCCCACCAGCUGGAGUACGAGAUCCUCUUCCCCGGCUGCGUGCUGCGGUGGCAGUUCGAGAGCAGCGGGGCCGACAUCGGCUUCGGCGUCUUCAUGAAGAAGAAGAUGGGGGAGAGGAAGAGGGCGGGGGAGAUGAGGGGGGUGCUGCUGAGCGAGCGGUACAAUGCCCACCUGGUGCCAGAGGAGAAUUCCAUCACCUGCAUGGACCCGGGCGUCUACGUGCUGCGAUUCGACAACACCUACAGCGUGUUCCAGUCUAAAAGGAUCAGCCUAUCGGUGGAGGUGCUCCUGCCCGACACCCUAUUGCAGUCGCCCAGCAGGGGAGGGGACUUCCCUAAGCCCGCCCUUGGAGCGGUGGGCCAAUAGCAAUAGGUGGGAGAGGAUCACAUGCUGCUCCCACGAGCGUUGUGAUUGGGCGGCGCCAUCUCCCAGCUGUGUGAAGGUGGGUCUCGCACCGAAGCCCCCUCAUUCCGGAUGCCGGCUCCCCAAAAGCCUACGGCACAGAGGUACUAAGAACCUUUUUAAAUGCUGCUCACGAACAAUGGAGGAACAACCAGACAGGAAGGCCAAUUGUACGGAGAGCAUAGACUCUUACUUUAUUAAUUGUGGCCUCCUGUAUCAACCACUAGUAGUUUACUUGAAGGUUUGUAGAGUGCAGAAAAACUACUUUGAAUUGAUUGUUCACAUCAGAUUGCGCUUUUUCCAAAUGAGUAUUUAUUUUAGUAAGUCCACAGAUGCUCACUCUGAUUAUGAAUCUAUUUAUUCUUGUACAUGGCAUCUGCCUGCAGUAUUAAGUGGUGAAAGAUGUUUCGUCACGUUCGUGUGACUUUUACAUCAGGAAGUGUUCUGUUCAACACUGUAUUAUUAGUGAACACAUUACGUUCUGU